GGAGGAAGGAGGAUGGUGGCGGGGCAUCAGUAUGUGGGUAGACUGUGCCCAGGUGACACUGUGUGCUCCGCUCUGUUCGUUUGUCCUUCGGAGGAUCUACUUCCCAGGGUGUAAAAGAACUCAUUGACACGACGCACCAACGCCCACAGGACCCGGAUUUGCAACACCAUCCACGAUGCUGGUAUGGACGUCGGCGGUGGCCAUCCUCGUCGCGGGGGUCGUGGCAGCCAACGACGUUUUCAUCGACGACAACGAAGCGGGAGGCAACACCCACCACCACAAGGUUCACAACUUGGUCCUGAACCCCGAACAGCAUUCGUUAUGUGAACUUAAACACAUCCGCCAGAUUGUGACUCACGCCCACUGCACUUCGAAGGAAAUGGAGAACUACGUGUGCGUCGGAACCUGCUUCAGCUACACCGUCCCGCAGACUGAACCAGAGACACCUGGCGACGAACUGCUGGACUACUGCGAUUCCUGCCAGGCCUCGGAGUCUCAUUGGACUACGAUCGAGCUGGACUGCGAGGAAUACGGCAACGGCUACACGGUCAACAAGAACAUCCAGAUGAUCACCAACUGCUCGUGCUCCCCGUGCCACCCGUCCCGCGCGCCCAUCGACAACGAGGUCACGCACCAGCCCAACGACCACCACGUGUCCGAGCUGCUCUUCAAGAUGCUCCCCAACAGCCACAAGUUCAAGGAGAGCGGCGUGCACAAGGCGGAGAUCGGCAAGGAGCUCAAGUACAAGCAGGUGUCCCUCGGCGACCUGAAGAAGGAGUUCAACCUCGACGCCAACCAGGAGCAGCUCCUCCACGGCCGGGUGCUGUUCAAGGACGCCGCCUCCUUCACGGACAACGACGAGGAGGAGGACCCGAGACACCAUUCCUAUUAAAAGGAGCUGUCCUUCGUUUUCCUGUCCGUUUCUUAGAGGGAAAAGGCGUUCUCGAGUCUGUAUAGCUACUAAUUAACCUAAAUACGUCUUUUUUUUUUGAAUAACUGUAGAUGAAACCCUAGGAAGGAACAGAUUAUAUACAUCAGGCGGCCCUUGAGCUGCUGUGUCUCCCGGUGACGCUCUGUUCUCGCAGUAAAAGGAGAUUAAAAGAAUUAAUGACUGAAAAGCGUUGCUCCAAAGAGUUACGGUCAUAUUCGAAUCGACUACAUGGUUCUAUAUACAUUUUUUUUCUCUUUGUAAAGUUAUUUUUUCCGAGAAAUCUUCCAAAACUUAUUGGGUUCUGUACUAAUCUAAAAAAAAAAGAAAGAAAAAUCAGUCUACUCGUAACUGACAUUCACGAAAAAAAAAUCUUAACACCAAAUGAACUGAAAAAAUAAAAAUAAAAAUAAAAACAACAAUUGCAUAGGAGCAAAAUUGAAACAGGUCUUGAUGAAUAUAAAUGCUCAAGUCUUUCAAAAGAACAAAAACAAAAACAACAAAAUCAGACACAGUUAAUAAAGAUAAAAGAACUGUAACCUGAUGCAUCUAUCCUUAGAUGCAGGUACUUCAGUAUUAGAAAAUUACAAGUAAAACAUUAGAAUGGAGAGUCCCUUCCCUCUUUAAUCCUUGACAACUGGAGUACAGAGAACGAUGACAAAAUCUAAACAGCUCAUAGUCGAUUUUAUAGAAAAAAAAAACACUGAAUUAGUUUACAUUAUUGUACAGUAUGAAUUUGAUAACUCUUUGUUCCGUAAAUUUUGAUUUCCUUUGUAUACUACAGAUUACUCUCUUAUACGAUAUUUUGUCAUGGUCUUAGUAACGAGAAUAUACCGAUUCCUUUUCAUGUAAAAUCUUUAACAAAAUUCUGUCUUUUUCAUAAACAUGUAUUCAAAAUUUAAUGCCAUAUCCACACAAGAGAUACACUACACCAAGAAAAAAAAAACAAGAUUAUUUUCUUUAGUAGAAAUCUUAUCAAUAAAGUAUAUAUGUGUGAUGUUUU